ACGGGCGCGCGCCGGUCACGGGCGCUCUCGUAGCAGACGAGGUUAAAUCCCUCGGAGUGUCCAGCAGCGUUUCAAGGCUUGCAGGAUUAGCAAGAGGACAUGGCCGACUCUCUCCGGAGGCUGGUGAACACAUCUUCCUUCAUUGUUCUGCAAGACAAACUUGAGUCCUGGUACAAAGACUAUCAUGUGGUGUCCUGUGAUCAGAACCUGAACAGGUGCUGUGAGCUGGUGGAGCUGACUGCCAAGAUCCAGAGCCAGCUCUUCAACAUCCUCAAUCUUACUGCUAGAGAAGGUGGGCACUAUGGCGGAGUCGACACACUCAAAUCACGCCUGCUGCCCUGGCUGGGCACCUGCUUCUCCAUGGCAACACCCUCGGUCACCACGGACACCAGCCUCAACCUCAUCCAGGAAUCGGUGGAGAAGGAGAGGAAGAUCAGAGUGCUCUCAGCCUCCCAUGAUGAAGACAUGAACAAGAUGGAGGCUCAACUGAGCUCCACACGGCUGCAGCUGGACUCUGUCAAGCAGGAACUGUCUGACGCCCAUAUGGUGCUGGACGACACCAAGAACAAGUCCGCCACCACCCUGCUGGCCACCGAGGAUGAGAUCCUGCAACUGAAGGAUGAGCUGCGGGCAGCGCAGGACCAGCUGCAAGUGUAUAAGAGGAAGGUGGAUGUUCUGGAUGAUUAUGAGAAGCAGGUUCGAAUGCUGAGGGAUGAGGUCAUUUUCCUCACUGCUGAGAAAAGCAUGCUGCAGGAGAGACUGAUCCGUAGCCGCUCCCCCAGCCCCCCCCCCAGGCGCUCCCGCUCCCCCAGCCCCAUGAGGAGGGACUCUCCCACACGGGCCCGCCUCACCCUCUCCUCCCGCCACGCCCGGCUGUUGUCUCGCUACGGCGACCUGUACGCUGUGGAGCGCCUGGAGGCCCAGAGCAUGCUGAGGCGUUACCACGACGACCUGGAGAUGGUGCAGAGGAUCCUGUUCAUCGCCACCGUGGAGUCAUUCCAGGCUGCUAAGCUGGCCUUUCGGCAGUUCCGCCUGCGUGUGAGGAAGACCCUGUCUCCCGCCCACCUGGGGCCCGGGACGCUGGAGGAGGCUGCACUGGACUACAUCACCAGGAAUCUGGACCUUUACGACGUACAGGCCAGCGUUAACGAAGUCAUCGACGCCAUGAAUGUGAACCCUCGGAUCUCGUUCCCGCGGGAGGUGGACUUGGUCCUGAUCAGCAGCUUCAUCAGGGAGGUGUGCCGCGUGGCGUUCGCCAUGCAGACCCUGGACCCUCCCCUGGACCUGGCCUUCACCAGCGACGGAGAGCUCUACAACGACACCAGGUAUCGUCGUAGUUAUGACUCGGAGUUCACUGCUCCGCUGGUGGUCUACCAUGUGUGGCCUGCUCUGAUGGAGGGAGACUUUGUGCUCGUGAAGGGAGAGGCAGUCACCAGGAGAGGAGCCCUGUGGAGGAGUCGCAGCAGGAGCUCCAGUCCAGUGCGGUCCCGUUCUGGUAGUCCCACCCGUACUCUGGUUUUUAGCCACAACAGGAGUCUCUCCUCUGGCCGUCUGACCACCAGUCUCCUGUGAGGCCCUGCAGCUGACCAGACCCCAGACUCCAGGGCCACACACCUCUCAGUACAUCUACAUUACUUCUUAUCAAUCAAAGUCUCAUUUUGAACUUUAACCCGCUGGCUUUGAUUCUCAUUGGUAUUUGUGUUUCCUGUAUGCUAAUCAAGGAUCCCCAGAGUGCUGUAGGCUAGAUUCUAUUUGUGUUGAUGUGUUUGAUGUAAUCCUUAACUAUUCACAAUGACCCUCAUCUAUGAUGAGGGUCAACGAUAUUUUACUACCCAGUAUUCAGAUUCAUGGUAAUAAUGUGAAUGACACCAUGUCAUAGUAGUGGUAGACCUGCACAUUAGCACUUUCCUAGUAUGUCUGAGUUUGAGUGGAGUUUAUCUAAUCUAACCCCUAGUAGACCAGUUGAAUCCCUGGUAAAUCCAUUUAAUGAAUCAAGACCUAAUUUAGCUGUGUAUUUAAUCCAACCCCUGGUAGACCUCAUGUUCUCUAAUGUGGGCAUAGCUCAGUGGCAGAGCAUGUGACUGCAGAUCACAAAGUCAUAUGUUUCUUCUAAAUCAAUAUAUACAUUAGUGUUAUCUCCUCUGAUCCUGGUGGCACCAGGGUGUGUGUGUGUUUUGUCGACGUUCUUCUAAAACCCUCUGGUGCUAAAGUUCACACAGAACUUUCCAACUUUCUCACGACAAAACCCCAGAGAACAAUCUAGUAUUCAGUCUCUCUCGCGUGUUGUUGUUGUUGUGUGUUUUGGUGCUUUCACACAACCUCAAACAGUCAUGGGGAAUGAUUGAACGUGUUUUAUAAAAUGUAUGAAAUGACAUCAGUGAUGAUACGCACAAAACGAGUAAAUAACCAGCACUCAGGGGAUGAUGAGUGUUUUGGGGAGUGUUGUGUUCAUGUUUCCCCUUUUGGCAGCUCGGCUCCGCUGGCAAAGUGCUUCUUUUAGCCUCGGUUUCCAAUGUGAACGCUAACUUUAGCGAAGGUUAUAGAACAGCCACUCGGUG